GUACAUAGAUAUAUUGUAAGAUGCGGACAAAGGAAGUGGAGUUUCAAGAAGGUGCUCUGUGCAGUAUAUAACCUCUGCCACAGAAGAGCUUGGCAGUAUCCAGAGCUCAGACUCACAGAGUGAGGAGGAGAAGACUGAACAGCAGACAGUCUCUACCUUAUAAAGUUUGGAAGCAGAAGACCUAAGGCGUCGGUAUUGAAACAGUCUAAGAGAGAUGACUGCAUCCAUGACUGAACUGCAGGAGAUCUACAACCAGCAGGGCUUCCUCUCAGCGCUGCCUGUCUUGAAUGAGACUGAGCUGAGGGAAGCCAAGUAUGCCUUUUCUGAGCUGGAGAAGGAAUUUGGUGAAGACUACACCCAGUACAGCCUCCAUAAUGUUCACGUUCAGUAUCCGUGGGUGAGGGCCCUGACCAAACACCCUCAAAUCUUACAAGUGGUCAAAGCCAUCCUGGGCCCAGACGUCAUCCUGCUGGACUCCCGCUUCAUUUGUAAAUACCCAGCACUCAAACCUGAUGUCCAGGAGAAUGAAGAGGGAGAAACCAAACCUGAUGGGAAUGUUGGACUUCCAUAUGUGGCCUGGCAUCAGGAUAUGAGGUAUUGGGGCAUUGCUGGUGGCCCUGUUCUCUCUGUGUGGCUCGCUUUAGAUGACUCACUGAAAGAGAACGGCGCACUUCAGGUCAUCCCAGGUAGCCACUGUGGUGGCAUGUUGCCCCAUCGUCUAGCCUCCCGCCCUGGAAACAUGCUGUCAGUCAAUCAGGAGAUCCCAGAGGAGCUGGUGCAGGCUGAUGAAGCUGUGUUUUGCCCUCUUUCAGCUGGGCAGAUGUCUAUUCAUGAUGGACUCCUCGUCCAUGCCAGUGAUGCCAACACAUCCCAGAGGAGGCGCUGUGGGUUUGUGAUCCGUUAUGUUCCCACCUGUGCAUAUCCCAUACAGGAUCCUGAUCGUCCCAGGAAAUUUGAUGCGACAGUGUUGGCCUGUGGAAUGGAUCAGUUCAAUAAUUUCUCCAACAAAACCACAAGAAUACUUCCGUGAUUCUUCCAACUUGCAAGAACAGUUACUUGUACACUUCAUAUUUUUAUAUGCGUUUGGUCAAUAUUUCAUACUUAGACCAAACGUCUAAUAUUCUAUAUUAAUGGAUAAUAUAAUUUAUAAAAAAUAAGGGCAGGUUUCUAUGGUAUAGUUCGUACUAUAUUGAUUGUAUACUGUGAACUGUGAAUAGAUUAUCAAUUAAUAAAAUGUUGUUGUAUUGUGCCAUACAUAGAUUUAAAUUGACUACGUUUUAAACUGCUUUAAGAUAAAUGCCAAAAUAACCAAUCAGUGAAUUUUACUAUUUCUGUUUACCCAGUUCACAAAGUUUGCAAAAUAUUAAGGACUUAUGUACAGCUUUAAUAAAGGUAAAUCAAUAAAGUAUUGAAAUAUGAUCCAAAAGCAGGGGUAUAUUCUUUGUAAUUAGGAUUUGGUCAUACAAAUACAAAAUCCUCCAAAUCCAACAUUUCAGUCUUUGAGGCACAAACACAAUCUGUAAAAUAUCUACCUUAAUUAAGUGCAAUUACAUCAAGUAAUUAAGUGAUUCAAGACUUUACAUUUUAGUGAGGUGUAUUAGAUUAAUGAUUUACUAGAAUGUCAUAAAUUCAGACUGGACUCAAUAAAUGUGUUAUUUUUCACCCAAA